GCAACCACUGCAAGAUUUGGUCAGACUCCAAAAGAGACUUCCAAAAGUUCCAACUCAUCUCCCACGAAGUCUCCAGACGUGGUGACCCCACCAAGAUCUGCAUCAUCAGCCACAUCAUCUAAAGAUGCUACAGUAUUUAAUAUAGACAGCGUUAUAAAAAAUCAACUAACUAAAUGUGGAAACGAUAUAAUCGUACGGGAGGGUGAUACAAUGAAAUUGACUUUUCAAUCUCCGAGUCGUUAUGUUAAUUUGGCAUUUUGUAAUAAUGAAUCAACAAAAAACUUAAAUACGAAAUUAAACAUCUCGAAUGGAAAAACAAUCACAUUUGAUAUUGUUGGCAGCGAGGAGUAUGAAGGGUUAUGGAACUGCUCAUUUUUGACUCACAUUGGUCAUUACGUACGCGACAGUGUCACUUACGAGGGGGAAUAUUAUGUCCCUUACGCAAACUGCUCCUUAAUGGUCAGAAUAAAACGAGACGUGACUCUAACCGUAUCCAGUACCACGACCACAAAUUUGGUGGCAGCCAAAGCGACUGAUAUAGGUUACUACAGAUUCAUAGAAGGCAACAAAAUUACUUUUGAAUGCAAAAAAGGUCACACGAACGGAGAAUUUUUGCAAACAGGAUAUUUGGUUUUGAAAUUUUGUUGGAAAGACAAAAGUUGUGCAGAUCUAAAAACAAAGUCAACUUUAGUGCGAGAUACCAUGGAACUAAACAGUACUUUCGACGAAAGAAUAUUACACUGCAUUUAUAACAACUCGGUCGGUUACCAAACUGAUGCUGCAAUAGUAUUACAAAUAAAGGCCCAAUCGCGUCCAGAGAUCACAGUGGAAGGUCUUGCAAUCAGAGAACCGAGGUCAUCGGAAAGUAAACAUACCUUUGAUGGAACAGUAAACCAAACUUUGGAAUUGGUCUGCACAAAUAAAGAAAACUGGGGCAACAUUCACUGGGAAUUUUGCGAUGGAUCUGGUCUCAAUUGCAAGUCACAAACACUCGCAGCUGAUAAAACAUUAAAAAUAAACUUCACUCUAUCGGCGGAUAACAAAAAUACCACAGUAAAAUGUGUUCACACCUUCAAUGCUCUUAGAGAGGAGACUCCCGUAUUUUUGUAUGCAAAUGAGCCACCAGUUCUUACAACAAAAAAUGACAUGAUUUUGAAUUACACCAGAGGCACAGACACAUAUGUCAUAGAGCGAGAAGAUGAGGAAACGAUAAGAAUCAAAUGCAAAAGUCGAGAAAACUCUGGCUCGUUGUUCUGGAGAGAUUGCAACAAUGCUGCACAGAAAUCAUGCACCAAAACUCAGGAUAUUUAUAACAGAUCAAUAGAAAAAGUAAUACCAUGGAAUUCUGUUAAAGACGAGGUAUUUUUCUAUUGCGUAUACAAGAAUAGCCGCAACUAUGAAGUUUCUUCCAAAGUAAAUAUUGUUGUACAUCCCAGCAGGGAUGUUACGGAGCUUCGACUCCGGUUCCGUUAAGUCGGAACUUCCGAUUAUUAUUACACCUUCGGUUUCGACUUCGGCUCCGACACUUUUAAAUCGGAGGUUUUAAUCGGAGGUCGAAGCAUAACAUAGCGGCGACGGCGGCCAGUGUUGACUGUUAAGAAAUAGAUUGCACGGAGACAAAGCUUCAAAGCUUUUGUUCGUAAAGUACAAUACACUACUUUUGGAGUCAAUUCAUUUGAUUUAAUUUGUUUUAAAGCUUUUGUUCAUUUAAUAUAAUGUGUGUUCUUGUUUAUUCGGAAAUAAUAUGCUAAUUUUUUUCA